UCCCAUUCUCCUUUGAUUCGUGCACUGGAUCCCGCUGCGCCUACGUUUUAUUUCCUGGGACUUGAUCGGAGUUGUAAACUAGUACUAGUGCCCGCUACUACGGGAAAAGCAAAUAGGGAGGGCGUACGGGAAGACGCUUUUAAAUACGAUCGUCAGGAUUAGGAACUCACCUUCAGGUUUUCUCUGCAAGUCGUCCUGGAACUAUCGAGAGAGAGAGGAUGUCUGUGACGUUGCACACAGACGUGGGAGAUAUCAAAAUAGAAGUCUUCUGUGAGAGGACACCCAAGACGUGUGAGAAUUUCUUGGCUCUUUGUGCCAGUAAUUACUACAACGGCUGUGUGUUUCAUAGGAACAUCAAGGGUUUCAUGGUUCAGACAGGAGACCCAACAGGCACCGGACGGGGAGGCAGCAGUAUCUGGGGCAGGAAGUUCGAGGACGAGUACAGCGAGUAUCUGAAGCACAAUGUUAGAGGUGUUGUAUCUAUGGCUAAUAAUGGCCCAAAUACCAACGGAUCUCAGUUCUUCAUCACCUACGGCAAGCAGCCGCAUCUGGACAUGAAGUACACGGUGUUUGGAAAGGUCAUAGAUGGUCUGGAGACUUUGGAUGAACUGGAGAAGUUACCAGUGAACGAGAAGACGUACAGACCUCUCAAUGAUGUGCACAUCAAGGACAUAACUAUCCAUGCCAACCCAUUUGCUCAGUAGCUACCGCAGGCCCAGACAGACACUUGGCAAGCUCGUCACUGGGAUGUGCCCAUUGGCCUUUAUCCUUCUGGUGUUUCCAGUAAUGACAUCUGUCAUGGGGCCCAUAGUGUUCACCCCCAGUCAUGAGCACAUUCUGUACCACUGCUGUUAUUCAGUGUUUAAAUACAAAGCAAUGCCUUAUUUUUUUAAGGCUGGACAUUCAUAACUAA